AUGAAACAAGUCCAAAGAACCUCCACAUCGAAUGUGAAGAGAAUCUACUGGUGGAUUACUAGUAAAGAAUCUACUGACGAAGAAUUUACUAGUAAAGAAACUCCAGUAGAAGAAUUUACUAGUAAAGAAUCUCCAGAAGAAGAAUCUACUACUUGUGGACAAUUUAUUAGUAAAGAAACUCCAGAAGAGGAAUCUACUGUUGAAGAAUUUACUAGUAAAGAAUCGACAGCAGAAGAAUCUACUGUUGAAGAAUUUACUAGUAAAGAAUCUCCAGAAGAAGAAUCUACUACUUGCAGACAAUUUACUAAUAAAGAAUCUCCAGGAGAAGAAUCUACUACUUGUGGACAAUUUAUUAGUAAAGAAACUCCAGAAGAGGAAUCUACUUUUGAAGAAUUUACUAGUAAAGAAUCUCCAGGAGAAGAAUCUACUACUUGUGGACAAUUUAUUAGUAAAGAAACUCCAGUAGAGGAAUCUACUGUUGAAGAAUUUACUAGUAAAGAAUCUCCAGGAGAAGAAUCUACUACUUGUGGACAAUUUAUUAGUAAAGAAACUCCAGAAGAGGAAUCUACUGUUGAAGAAUUUACUAGUAAAGAAUCGACAGCAGAAUAA